AGUGACAAGCUAUAUUUAUAUAUUUAUCUGUGUGUGAAAUGUCAGCGACUGGGUUUUGGAUGCUGCUGUAUUGAUCACAACAGCUGGAUCACUGGAAGCGGAUUAUUUCUGCAGAUGUGAGCGCGCACGCAAGAGCGUCAACCAUCGCGAACGAGUCACGAGAUGCUUCAGGAAAACGUUGAUAAGCGUUGUUCUCUGAUAAAAACCGGCCUAGCUUCGAUGUAGAGCGAACGAAAGCCUCAGGAACUCUGCAGACCCUUCUCUUGUGGCUAGUUGCUGAUCGAGUUCCCUGCGACUUUGAGCAUGUCUAUAACGGACCACAGCCCCACCACUGGGGUCGUCACCAUUAUUGUAAUACUCAUCGCCAUCGCAGCAUUGGGUGCUUUAAUUCUGGGCUGUUGGUGCUACUUGCGGCUGCAGCGCAUCAGUCAGUCUGAAGACGAGGAGAGCAUCGUGGGCGAAGGUGAAACCAAGGAGCCCUUCCUACUAGUCCAGUAUUCAGCACGGGGCCCGCGGGUCGAGCACAAGACCAAACUCACUCCUAACGGCACCGAGAGCCACACUUAGCUCCCUCAACAGUGCGUACUAUGUAGACUCAGUCUCAAUCAGCACUGAAAUGAAAGCACUCCACGCUGAUGAACCAAGACCAACCUAGUGCAUGCAGUUGUCUAGUUGCUUUGACUGUUGAUUUGUUCCCGACCCAUUUUGUGGUGGUAGAGCCCUGUUAUAAUGUGAAAUCGACGACAAGUGUACGAGUUUUGUGCAAUGAUGUUUAUUUGUAAAGACGUAGCCGGUUUAUGAAGAUAAAUUAAGACUAAAAAGCCGUUCACAUCAAGGAUGAUAACUAUAAACUUAAUGAUAUAGCUACAAAAAAGUCCUAUUAUGCUGUGGAUUUUGUUUUUUGAGAGGUACUGGAACAGGGGUUAUCAAUCUUUUCAGGCCAUGUCCCCAAAAUAACAAUGCCAGUAGCUCAUGACCGCCAUUAUCCUUGGGGUUGGAUUUAAAUAUAGAUUCCUCGCACACACAUCAAUAGGCAAAUAUUCAGUAAUUUUCCUUCGGGUUAGUCCCUUAUUUGUCAUGGGGUCACCACAGAGGAAUGAACCACCAACUAUUCUAAAAUAUAUUAUGCCCUUUCAGUCGCAACCCAGUACUCGUACCCAUAUAUGGCCAAUUUGUUUAAUCCACGUCACCUAUAGCACAUGGGGAAAACUGGAGCACCCGGAGGAAGCCCACAGAAACACGGGGAGAACAUGCAAACUCCACACAAAAAUUAGGGUAGGAAUUAGGUAUGGAUUACAUUUUCCAACAAAAAUGAUGUUCCAGGAUCAACAUAGAUGUUAAUCUAGGAUUGCAUCAUGCUUUGCAAAAUCUUGAUGUGCUAAUCAAACCAAGGGUUGCAAUCUAAUUGGGGGGAUGGGAGGGGGGAUCGAAUCGAAAGGCUGAUGUUUUUUAUUCGCAUGAUGUUGUUUUUGUAUGUAGGUAAAUCAUGUUUUAGAUUGUCCGGAACUCAGCAAUUUAACAAAAAAAAAAAAA